AUAAACUGCACAGCUGUGUCAUGUUUUCGUUGAUAAUUUUGCAGAUUGUCGUUGCCUAAAACAAGAAAAACAGAUAGAAGUUGCGAAUUUCAUCAAAUAAUUUAUAAUUUCAAGGACAUGUGAUUAUAUUAAGAUGUCUUCACCUAAAACCGAAUCUCUUAAAGAUACAGUGACAGUGUUAAUUAACGCUGUAGGUGAUAACGAGAAUUCCGUGAACAAUGUUGUAAUAAAAUCAUUGACGAAAAUAGCGAAUUCAUAUCCUAAUGAGGUGAUAGAAAUAUUUUGUGAAUUCUAUACUAACACCGUUAAAGUGAACCCUACGCAGCUUGGAAAUAUUGUCAAGGUUCUUGAACAAACAUGUGUGAACCAAGUGAAGAGGUUGGAGCCGGCUACGGCCAACAAUUUGGUGACAGCUAUGCUGCGAGCUAUGAUGGAGAAUGUGACGUACGAGCCAGUUGUCCAGAUGGGCGCCUCCGCUGUCCUAGUGGCAGUUGGACACGAGCACUUGGAUCUGGUCCUACGCUCUCUAAUCAACCAGCUGUCUCCAGCAUCAGUGCCGCACUAUACAAUAGCACAUACGCUGGGCACCCUGGCGGCAGUUAACACACAUGGCGUAGUGCCACAUAUUAAGGAAAUUCUCAGCAAAAUGCUACCAUUACUCUCAUUGGUCAAAGCUGAUGGUUUGAAGCAGGCGUUUGCUUAUGCCUUUGGUCACUUCGCAGUCGCCGUAUCCGAACAAAUAGGUGACAAUGUAGAAAAUGAGAACAUAACAUCUAUCAAAGAUAAUUUUGUCACAGAAUUUACCAUAAUAUUUGAUGUACUAUACAAUCAAUGGCUUGCGUCCUACGAAGCUAAAGUCUCAGAAUCUGUGCUCGAAGCCUUAGGCCCAAUCACAAGAUUGAUCUCAGAAAGACAAUUCAAUGAAACUGUCAACAAAUUCGUCCUUUCAUUGCUGUCUUUGUACCGCAAACCAGCAAUCAAUUACUACUACAUAAGUCAAUGUAUAUCGUACUUACUUUCUCCAUCGCCUUUGAAUCCGAAACUGAGUUUGAAUGACAGCGUCAUCAACUCUAUAAACCAUGUGCUAUUCAAUCUGGUUCUUUUAGAACCGGAUUAUGAUCAACCUCAGACGGUUAAGAACCAUUUUGAGGUCCUUAGGUGCUUCGACCACAUGGCUGGCCAGUUCCCCGACCAAACCAUAGAAAGUCUCCUACACCAGUGCAAAAAUAAUCAGGAAAAAGACAGAAUGAAAGCUGUGAUCAUUUUAACACAUUUGACAACGUCAUCCCAAAUCUUUGUUGAGAACUAUGCCCAUAAAUUCAUAGUGUUGCUCAAGAUAAUGACUACCAUGGAACAGGGGAUUAAAAUGAAGAAGUUGUUAGUGAAAGCGAUUGUUGGGCUCGUGUAUAGGAACUGUAUAACGACUCCAGAAGAUUUUACCAUGGUUGAGUUCAUUAUAAAACACUGCAGUUACGAGGGACCGCCUAAUGUUUCGAAACACGAUGUUCUAGAUCUGCACGAUACGUGCAAAAGUUCCUUAAUUCUUAUGUGCAAUACAGUGACUAGCAUUCGGUCUCAAUUACGCAACUUGCUACUCACAGCAUUAACCGGGGAAGAAUUUACGGCAUCAAUGGCUACCGUAUGCCACUGUCUUACUUCUCUCCUCCAAAACAACUCUGACGUCACAGCCGACGAACAAUCGGAGAAGGAGAUCGAAAUGAAAUGCUCUCCUGAUCUAGUCUUCGUUCGGUGUCUUACGCAUGUGGUAGAACCAGACCAAGUAGAACGGAACAGAAAUAUUCUAGUCUUUCUUGAAGAAUACUCCGGUGAUGUUCACAAGAACCUUAAAAAUUCAUGGACGAUUGAAAUUCAGAGACUCCUGAAGUAUGUUGAGACGACGGAGACUAAGGAACAGUGGCAUAGCAUGCUGUUAGAUCUAUUAGUGUCUGCUGUAGAACAAGUAAACAGCAAUAAAUGGGUGGAAUUCAUCGCUACGUUGAUUUCACAGCAGAUUCUGUCCAAAAAACAGACUCCAAUGAUUAAGGGAGUAUCUUUGCAGUACUUGGCAGUUCUGUCUUGUCAUAUGUCCAACGCUGCAGUAGUUGAAAAGAUUCUGAAAAUUAUUCUACUGGCCUUAAAAUCUAUUCCAAUGGAGAGUAGCGAUUAUGUCAGCAAAGCUGUAGGGAUCGCUUCGAGACAACAUGGCGAGUUUAUUUUAAAUGAACUGGACGCGACUUACAAAGAAAAUGAGUCGAAACGAGGCAGUAAGAUACUUAAUUUCUUAUCUUCAAGACAUUCCAAAACAGAAGCGGAGUUGAGCGUUGUUAGGUACGCGGUUAUCACGUGUUACGGGAAGGUUGCUGUAGACUGUUUGGACGUCCAUGUCCUGGCCAGGCUAGGGGACAAUGUGACAGCGAUUCUUUAUGAUAUCCUGAAGUCGAAUCCACCGUUUGAUCUUUGCACAGCCAGUGUUACAACUCUAUACGAGAUCAGCAAGGCUUUGUACCCGGCUGCUCAUCACAAUGUGGCUCUAAGGAACCGUUGGCAGUUGCUCAAUGCAGUCCUCGAACAAAUAUACAACACAAACCUUGAUAAAAGGAAUGUGGAAUUGUACCCUAUCAUAGUUAAAGCUUCGAAAGCAUUGACGAAGUUACAAAAAGGGAUACUCCCCGAAGAAAGAAACACUAUUUUGAGGGUCUUGUUCAACAGUAUAUUUGGGGAGCUCUCUUCUUUCAAGAAGAAGUAUGAAAUUGAGGGUAAUGGUGAUAAAAAUGAUAACCUAGCAAAGACCUUGAACGACAGUCUGUCACUUCUGCAUCAGUUGAUUAAAGAGCUGAUCAUCCAGUCCACAUGUUUGAGCACAAUAGAUGAUCUAAUAGGGUUGUUAAUCGAAUGGCUCCGACACGAGAACGAUGAGAUCCGAACAGCGUCAACCAUGAUUCUACACGUGAUAUUCGACACUUACAUUAAAAACGUUAAACUGAACUACGAAACACCGAGCAAAUUUGGCCAGAUGGGUUAUUUAUUGGGCCUCAUUAUUCCCGGGAUCGCAGACACCAACUUCCCAGUCCGACUGACGACUAUAGACUGUAUCAAAGUGAUAAUUCAGAUACAAGAUCUGUACGAAGGCCAUACAAUUGGCCCUGAUGACGAAUGCAUGUUGAAUUUGGGUCAUCUUCAGAACAAUAUCUUGACGAAUGACCUGAAUAUGAUCAGUGAUUACUGUACGGCGUUGUGUGAGGCUAUUUCUCCGAAGAUACCUCAUCAUCACAACAUGCAGUUUAUUGAAAGUCUGUUGGAAGGGUAUGACGACCAGGAGUUGAGGAGUGUGGGGAUCAGUUCUAUUUUGGAUGCGUAUUUCGUGAACAAGGGUCAGGACUUGUAUCAGAGUAUUGAGAGGAUCGUGGAGGUGAUGUUGGGGACUAUGUCUGAGGUCGGCGUGGAGGCCCGGCAGCGACUGAUGAGGCCGCUGACGUCACUGACACGUCAUCACUCCAACGCUGUGAUAGCUGUGCUGUUGGCCCAGAGACUACCUUUGAAACCGAGCGUCCUAGCAUGUUGGCGUAGUCUAGCUCAAGACGAGGGUCUCUCGUCAGCCAUUACGGACAACUUCCUCCGGCUGAUGACGUCAGUGGAACUAUAUGAGGACCCCUACCAUAUAACCGAACACCACAUCGCCGCUCUCCAGCCCUUAACUCUUAUAAGUGCCUUCGGAGAGAUGUUACAAGAACCUACAAUGAAACCCAUCUGUAUCGCCAAGUUUGCGGAUCUCUUCGCGGUCCUAUACACGACGCUAGCUUGCUACAUUGACGCGGAAUCGCCUGCAUAUUCUCCACCAACCAAUAAGACGCAAGAACGGUUUGGAUUCAUCCCCAACAGGGAUGCUAUCAAAUUGUCUCCUGCUAAGAUCACUGUGCACACCUUUAACGCGUUCCUGGAGCAGGCUGACUGUCAUAAGGUCCGCGAAGCCUGUUCUCUCUGCCUGAGCAUAGAGCACGGGGAUCCGUGUAGCACAGUCCUAGAACUGGCCCCUAUCCUGGGGGGCGCCCUAUCUCGUCACUGUCCACAACACGUGUCCCGCCUGGUGGCCGCCGUGUCCAACUACGCGCGCUGUCCACUGCCGCCGCAACGAUGUGCUGCGCUAGCAUUACUGGGGGACCUGCUUAAUUACAGAUGCAACAACAACCCGGUCCUCAUAGAGACAGUCCUGGCGACCCUCAACACUGGAUGGAAGGACGAGAACGACAGGGUCCGCGCCACGUGUCUGCGCGGCGCGGCCAAUAUUGCACAACUCAAACCUGAACACAGGAACCAGGCCCUGCCUGCUGCAUUAACCGCGCUGAGCCAAGGCGUUGAUGCGCAGAAGACUCAAGCACCAACAGACAACGUACCUCUAGCCGCUAUUCAAGGUCUCAGCCGUCUUUUAACAGAGCUAGACAAAAUAGACCAGGAGUUCGAUAGAGAAUUGCUAUCAAUAUCUCAAAAAAUACGACCGUUUAUGAACACAGAAUGUCCACAAUUAAGGGAGCAUUCUAUAAAGUUAUUUGGAAUUAUUGCGGGUAGAGUGAGGUCAGAUGCGCUCGUCGACCAAGGAGUGAGCUCUCUGCCUUGCUUCUUGCUACAUUUGUGCGAUAAUAACCCUAAUGUUGUACGGGCCAGCAAAUUCACUCUCAAACAAGUAUUUAGGACGUUUAACGUGAAGAAAUCUAAUGACUUUGUCCAAACGCAUCUGUUGGACGAAGGCCGACUAUACCUGGAUGAGUUCCUCUCAGCAUUACUGAGACAAUUAGCCGAUGAGUUACCGGGCAGCAUUGUGAAGUGUCUGCAGACUGCUGUCAACUACUUACAUUGUGCCCGCGACGAGAUCAAACCUCAUCCACCUUUGUUACUUGGUCUCCUCUAUGCAGAACUAUAUAGAAUUCGGGAGAAAAACCCGGAUGAAACCGAAUUAGACCCGGACAUAACAAAGACGGCUAGAACUCGAUUAUUACAGCUGAUCAAGGAUCCUAAUCCCCUAGUUCGGCAGAAUACGGCCAUGGCACUAGCCAAUAUAUGCCUAGUGAGCGCCUUGGAUGGAUGACGGAGGCUCGUCAGGGUCGAAGUUGAGAGGUACGUCAUGAGACGAGUCCUUUUUGAAUUCCAACGUUAAAGCUAUAUUAUUUUGUUUGAUUUGCGAUCUUAUUGUACGGGUAUAGAGUUGAAAAUGUGUUAAAUUGGAUCUUUUUUAAUUGAUUUUCGAACUUUAUGAUAGUGUUGUAAGGUUGAAAGUCGAAUGAGUUUGUUUUCUUAUUUUAAAUUUCAAUUGAUAUAAUUGUAAGAGUUAAAAACAUCUGUAUUAGUUUAUUUGGUAGUUUAAUAAACUGUUGAAUAAACUCCUUUCAUCAAUUUUCAACUCUAUUAUAAAACAAUAAGGUCAAAAAUCUAUAAAAGAUGUUUCAGUCAGUACAGAUAUGUCACUGCUAGAGGUCGCUAGUGUAGUUUAAAGUCUCUAGACCAUUAUUAUGAUAUUAUUUGCUUAUAAUGAAUUUAUUUCUAAAUGAACAUGUCACAGGUGCUUUGAACAAGUUGGGCUUUGUGAUACAGUGGUGUCAUCUAGCGGUCUUUUACGUCCAAAUUCUGAUUAAAACUUAUUAUUGAUUUAUGAAAGCUCUUGUUCAUGUGUAAUAACAAAACUUGUUCAUACAAAAGUAGUCUCUAAUCAUCAGCAAUAAGGUCUAUAAUAGAGGGGUGAUUUAGAAGUUCUUAAUAUGAUAGCUUUGUUACGUGUCUAUGGAUAAAAACACAAAUAUUUAUAAGAAUUAAUAACAAUGUAUUAAUGUUGUGUCUUGUUCGUCAAUAUAUUUAAUGUUAACGCUGUCAGUUUUUCUGUAAUCGCAUAUUUCAUAGUCCAUUUUUUAAACACUCAGUUGAUACUCAAAUAGUACUCAAAGGUUCAAUAUGAGUGUCUGCAAAAUGAACUUGAAUUUGUGUUACAAAUGUAAUAUAUACUAAAAUGUUCGUUAAAUAUAAUAAUCAAUUUCAUUUUCGACAUAAAUAAGAGACUGAAUUAAAAUAAACAGUCAAAUUAAUAAUAAAAUAAUAAUAUAAAAUAAAAUUCGAAUAAAAAAUGCACUGUGUACGUAUAAUUAGCGCUGUUAAUAAAAAAAAUGAAAAAAAAAUGCUUAAAUAUCUUGCUCAAGCAUAGCUUUCGUAUUUAAAAUGAUGUACCAGCUUUUAAGCGACAGUGGCGCCGCGCUUACGGAACUAUUGGAUGCAAAAAUGGUAGAAAGUGCUAAUUUGCAAAGUUUUACGGUAAAAGAGGUGAACUUAAAUAAAUAUUUGCUUGAACAAGAUUCUGUUAAUAAGUCAAAGUUUUAUAGUUACUUGUGAUAUUGAAUUAUGUUAGGUUUUAGUCUCUAAGGCAUAAUCGAAUUGGCAGAUGUGACUUGAUUUUAAGUCAAUGUUCAUGUAAACGGGCUUGGAUGGUCUAUCAUUUGAAAAAAUAUUAUCUUGAGAUUAAUAACAAGUUAGUGGAUAUAUUAAACAGCAGUUUGUUUUAUUCUUAUUAUAACUAUCGUGAGACAUACUAAUUAACUAAAACAUCCCCGGAGGGGUAGGCAGA